AUGCACACGGACCUCGACACCGGCAUGGACACGGAAACCACAGCACUCUGUCCCUCCGGCAGCCCCACGGCCUCCCCGCCGGAGACACCCGCGCCAGAAGCAGAUGCCACUUUGCUGAAGAAGCCAGAGAAGCUGUUGGCAGGAUCGGACCGGGGUGGGCCCCCCUCGGCCCCUGUGGUUCCCAGGCGAAGGGGCAGUAUGCCUGUGCCAUAUAAGCACCAGUUGCGGCGGGCCCAAGCUGUGGAUGAGUUGGACUGGCCACCCCAAGCCUCCUCCUCCGGCUCCUCGGACUCCUUGGGCUCAGGGGAGGCGGCCUCUGCCCCAAAGGAUGGCAUCUUCAAGGUCAUGCUGGUGGGGGAGAGCGGUGUGGGCAAGAGCACCCUUGCAGGCACAUUUGGGGGUCUUCAAGGGGAUGGCGCUCAUGAACUGGAGAACACAGAGGAGACCUAUGAGAGACGCAUCACAGUGGAUAAGGAAGAAGUGACUCUGAUUGUGUAUGAUAUCUGGGGACAGGGGGACACAGGAGCAUGGCUGCGGGAUCACUGCCUCCAGACCGGGGAUGCCUUCCUCAUCGUCUUCUCCGUCACUGACCGAAGAAGCUUCUCCAAAGUCCCCGAGACCCUGCUUCGGCUGCGGGCUGGCAGGCCCCACCACGACCUGCCUGUCAUCCUCGUGGGAAACAAGAGCGACCUGGCCCGCUCCCGGGAGGUGUCACUGGAAGAGGGCCGCCACCUGGCCGGGACGCUGAGCUGCAAACACAUCGAGACUUCUGCCGCGCUGCACCACAACACUAAGGAACUCUUCGAGGGUGCCGUGCGCCAGAUCCGGCUGCGGCGGGGCCGGGGCCGCGCGGGGGGUCAGCGGCCCGAGUCUGGCAGUCCCGAGGGUCCCGCACCGUCCGCGCGCCGCGAGAGCCUCACCAAGAAGGCCAAGCGCUUCCUCGCCAAUCUGGUGCCGCGCAACGCCAAGUUCUUCAAGCAGCGCUCCAGGUCGUGUCACGACCUCUCUGUGCUCUGAGCCACGGUCGCCAUGGCCACAGCAGUUGCCAUGGCUACUGCGCCCUCCGUGCACCCCCUUGCCCCGCCCCGUCCGGCUUCCUCGGUGGAAGCCGUCUAGGAAACCAAAAAAUCCCAGGAUGUCUGGGUGUGCCCGUGGGCGCCACCACUGCGCGUUCUUCGGACGCCGGGCACACACACCGCGAGAGUGAGCUG